AUGGCAAAAACUAAAAGAUAUGAAGGAUGUGGUGUGGGAAUAGACCUUGGCACAACCUACUCUUGUGUUGCAGUGUGGGUGGAUGAACAUAAUAGAGUAGAGAUCAUCCACAACGACCAAGGCAACAAAACCACUCCUUCUUUUGUUGCUUUUACUCAUGAGCAAAGGUUGAUCGGUGACGCUGCUAAAAACCAGGCUGCCGCCAACCCAGAAAACACUGUAUUUGAUGCUAAGAGGUUAAUCGGAAGAAAAUUUAGUGAUUCUAUUGUCCAAAAAGAUAUAAUGUUGUGGCCAUUCAAGGUCAUUGCCGGUGUUAAUGACAAACCCAUGAUUGUUGUUAAAUACAAGGGUCAAGAGAAGCACCUUUGCGCCGAGGAAAUCUCAUCUAUGGUCCUCACAAAGAUGCGAGAGAUUGCAGAGGAAUAUUUGGAAUCACCCGUUAAGAAUGCGGUUAUCACCGUGCCUGCUUAUUUCAAUGAUUCUCAACGAAAAGCCACUGUAGAUGCUGGCGCCAUAGCUGGCCUUAAUGUUAUGCGAAUAAUCAAUGAACCCACUGCUGCAGCUAUUGCAUAUGGCCUUGACAAGAGAACUAAUUGUAUAGGAGAACGGAAUAUUUUUGUCUUUGAUCUUGGUGGUGGGACUUUUGAUGUGUCUCUUAUUACGAUCAAAGAUAAGGUCUUUCAAGUAAAGGCUACUGCCGGAAACAGUCACCUUGGGGGAGAGGACUUUGAUAAUAGAAUGGUGAACUACUUUGCACAAGAGUUCAAAAGGAAGAAAAAAGUGGACAUUAUCGGGAACUCAAAAGCCUUGAGGAGGUUGAGAACUGUGUGUGAGAGGGCAAAAAGGGCACUCAGUUUUGUAUAUACCACCACUAUUGAGGUAGAUGCUUUAUUUGAAGGCAUUGACUUCUCUUCAUCAAUCACUCGUGCCAAGUUUGAGGAAAUCAACAUGGACCUUUUCAAUGAGUGCAUGGAGACGGUGGAGCGGUGUUUGGUUGAUGCUAACAUGGACAAGAUUAAUGUAGAUGAUAUUGUCCUUGUUGGUGGAUCUUCAAGGAUUCCUAAAGUAAGGCAGCUAUUGCAGGACUUUUUUAAGGGAAAAGAUCUAUGCAAGAGCAUCAACCCUGAUGAAGCCGUUGCUUAUGGAGCUGCUUUCCAGGCUGCUUUGCUGAGUGAAGGCUUUAGCAAUGUUCCAAAUUUGGAGCUGAUGGAUGUCACACCGCUGUCUUUAGGUUGGCGCCUACAAAAUGAUGUCAUGGAUGUGGUGAUCCCUAGGAACACUUCCAUUCCUGCCAAGGACACAAAAACAUACAUCACAGUUGGAGAUAACCAAUCCACUGUCUUUAUUCAGGUUUAUGAGGGUGAGAGAACAAGAGCCAGUGACAAUAACCUUCUUGGUUUUUUCAAUCUUUCUGGCUUACCCCCUGCUCCUCGCGGCUAUCCUUUCGAUGUAUGCUUUGACAUAGAUCAAAAUGGUAUUCUAACUGUUUCUGCUUUGGAAACCUCCACUGGCAAUACCAAUGAGAUUACAAUAACCAGCAACAAAGAAAGGUUAUCGAAUGAUGAAAUUAAGAGAAUGAUUCGUGAAGCUGAGGAUUACCGCGUUGAAGAUAAGAAAUUCUUAAGAAAGGCCAAAGUAAUGAAUGCAUUGGAUGACUGUGUCUACAAAAUGAGAAACGCAAUGGAGAAGAAGGAUAUUAACUUAAAGCUCUCAUUACAAGAAAACAAUCAGAUCAAUGCUGCAAUUACAAUGGCCACAAAUUUGCUUGAUGAGAACGACCAGCAGAUUGAAAUUGAUGUUCUUGAGGAUCAAUUGAGUGUGCUCGAGAGCAGGUUGGAACAAUUGGGUCAUCCUUCAAAUAUUUGUCAAAUAUGUCAGAUUGAUCUCCAUCAUCACAAUCCUGUAAACAAUAUGACAUGAAAUUUGAUUUUACUUUUGUUUUUAAAAUAAAAAAUACAUGCAUGGAUUUAGAUAUGAAAAAGAAAGG